AUCGUGUUGGAGCUGAACCUGAGGACCUCGGCUAAAAUUACCUCCCCAAUCAUCUUUGGUUUUGAGUUUUGAGAACAAAAGCAGCAGGCCAAGCAAGCAAGCAAGGGUAUUGUGAAAGGAUGGAAAGGGGUUGUCUUGGCUUCACAACAGCCCCGGCACAUUCAAUGCCAACAACUUUCCCCCAUCCAAACAAUUCUUUUUCAAAACAAUUCCAUCAAUUAGUCCCUUCUCCAUCGACAACUGUAAGCACAAUAAAGCAGAAUAUUAGUUCCAAGAGCGUAAGUAGUAGAAGAAUAAGAAAUGGGUUUUCUGUUAGAGCAUCAAAGCAGGCCUUUUCUGCUGCUAGCUCCGGAAAUAAUUUAUCCAGCAACUGGGAUAUCUCCAAUUACUCUGCUGCACCUUCUUUGCUGCCCAGAUUUGAAGAACUCGAUACCACCAAUAUGCUUCUUCGCCAGAGGAUUAUUUUCUUGGGUUCUCAGAUUGACGAUGCUACUGCAGAUUUUGUCAUUAGCCAGCUAUUGUUUCUUGAUGCUGAAGACAAUAAAAAGGACAUUAAAUUGUUCAUCAAUUCGCCUGGGGGCUCUGUUACUGCUGGUAUGGGAAUAUAUGAUGCUAUGAAAUUGUGCAAGGCUGAUGUUUCUACAAUCUGCAUGGGACUUGCUGCUUCCAUGGGUGCAUUUCUCCUUGCAUGUGGUAGUAAAGGGAAGAGAUUCUGCAUGCCAAAUGCAAGGGUGAUGAUCCACCAGCCUCUUGGAACUGCGGGAGGCAAAGCAACAGAGAUGAGCAUAAGGAUACGAGAAAUGGCGUACCACAAAAUCAAAUUGAACAAAAUACUAUCAAGAGUCACUGGAAAGCCUGAGGAGCAGAUUGAAGUGGAUACUGACCGGGAUUACUUCAUGAAUCCUUGGGAGGCAAAGGAGUAUGGUUUAGUUGAUGCAGUGAUUGAUGAUGGCAAGCCAGGAUUAGUUGCACCACUUAUAGAUGCCACACCUCCACCCAAAACCCGGGUGUGGGAUUUAUGGAAAAUUGAAGGUAGUAGGAAAGCCAGGAAGAAUUUGCCCUCAGAAGAGAAAAUUUUCCGGAAUGGAUAUGUUGGUGGUGAAAAUGAGGAGGGCCGAGGCACAGAACAGAAAGAAGAAGCGCCACCAACUCAGUCAUGAGGCAUGCCGGUGCAUCUCGUGUGUAAUCCGAAGUACGGAGUUUUGGCCAUUGAUGGAUGCCUGCGCACGAAUUUGCACUUUGGGAAAUAGAAGUUGUACAAAUUGCAAAUCUUACUCAGGAGGCUACAACUGUAACUAUCUUACUUCCAGAUGUGUUAUGGAAGACACCAUAUAAGAUUUAAAGUUGCUCAUCCAAAUCAAGAUUCUGCUUUUAAGGGCUUUAUAAGUAGAAUUUUGGUUUUGAUUCUUCUUGUCUUGUACAAUUUCAAAUUCUGCCCGUUUCAUUGAUAACUGGAGAUGUAAUAACAUUUUCUGGGUGCACCAAGAUGGCCGGGGUAGGGCAGUGAUGAAUUUGUCCGAACGCA